AUUGAAGAAGCAACUAACUUACAAUACCAUAUAGUUGUUAUAGAUGAUUUUAACUUUGAUCAUAACAAAUCAUCUAAAAAGAACCCAUCUAUCUUUUAUACAAUGACUAACUAUAAUCUUUCGA